AGCUGAGUUGCAGAAGAUGAUCUCCGGAAUAAAUAUUCUGUCGGUACUUUGGCUUUUAGUUGCAAUCGGAAUAUUUUGCGCAUAUUUACUGUUCUUGUUAAAUGAAGACUUAAGUUUAAUCAUAUUACCUGUUAAAAGUUUAUUUCUGUUUGGAAAAUGCUUACACCGGUACAGCCAUAUCAACAAGCGAGCAGACUCUAGCUUACCAAAUGAACUUGAAGCCACCGGCACUGGUAUACCCGGUAUACCGGGAUCUUUAAAUGUUCCUAAGAGUUGGUUUAAGCAUUUCUACAUCACCGGCAUCAUCUGUCACAGUUUGGCAUUCAUUGUUUUAGUCUCUUGUCUGUUUGGUGGCCCAGGAUGUGUCGUAAUAAAGGAUCUACAAUACUGGGUUAUAUGGCACUCUUUGUACAGUGCAGAGUAUAAGUUUGAUGACAGUGCCUUGCCUGUAUUGCUCGUGUUCCUCCUGGAAUGGCUUCAGAUAUUUAGACGUGCUUAUGAGUGCUUCUAUAUCAGCUCCUUCUCCAAGAGCACAAUAAACAUCAGCCACUACAUCAUUGGACUUUGUUUCUACUCUCUGUUUGGUAUUGGUUUGCUCAUCUCUAUACCUUUGGAGAAACUUGCGUUCUCAACACCAAAUGUGUUAGAGGUUGUGCGAUAUAUAAUAGCAGUUGCAAUAUUUGUUUGGGCGUUCCACUUCCAGCACAGGAGCAUGUUGACACUGGCAUCUCUCAGGCAGGAACAAAAAGACAAACCCCCAGAUGGGCACUUUGUUCCUCAUGGCCAUUUGUUUGACCUGGUCAGCUCCCCUCACUACCUGUGUGAGGUCAUCAUCUAUACAGCGUUCUGUUUUAUGUUUAAGUUUGAGAACAUGUACCUGAACUGUGUGGCUGUCUUUGUCUGGACCAACCAGGUGAUCGAAAGCAAGAUCUCUCACAAAUGGUACACAGAACACUUCCCCAACUAUCCCGCACAUAGGAAGACGUUAAUACCAUAUCUGUGGUGAAGCUAGUCCUUAAGUUGUUUUUUGUAUUCUAGGCGCAGUCUUAAAACUCUCCAUAACAUUUGUCUGCUUGAC